CCGCCUCUGAUGCCUUGCAAACUUUCAGUUUCGUUUCCCCAAAACUCCUUUCUUAUCCUUCACCUUCACAAUCCAUUUCUCUGGUUGUUGUAGGCAACGCUACUUCAGACAAUAACAUAGACAACCACCUUAGGAAAUCUGAGAUCUGCCAAAGUUGAGAGAAUGUUUGCUGCUGCUUCUUCCUCCAGUGACGCUGGUGCCGUAAGGACAUCUGCUGUGAGUGAAGGCCUCAUAAAACAGAAGAGUCUACAAAUUAAAGUUGGCAGUGAUAACUUAAAAAUCUUGAAAAGCUGCGAAUCUUUGUUCAAUGAUGUGAUCAAUAAGAAGUUUCAAUGUACCUCUAAGCUGGAGAGUGUUAUGGAUGCUACCAAGGUCUUCAGAAAAAUAUUGCCUUCCCAGAUAGAGCUGUCUGUCUGGAAAGAUGAUCUCACCAGACAUACUGUGGAUGCUGUGGUUAAUGCUGCCAAUGAACACCUUCGGCAUUGUGGAGGCCUGGCCUUGGCCCUCUUGAGGGCAGGAGGGCCUAUCAUUGAAGAGGACAGUAAAAAAAUAAUUGAGCAAUAUGGAAAAGUGCCAACUACUAAAAUAGCUGUAACAAGUGGAGGCCUACUUCCCUGUUCCAAGAUUAUCCAUGCUGUUGGACCGGAGUGGAAGGCAGAAGAUGCACAAAGAUGUUGCACUCAACUUCAAAUAACCAUUAUAAACAUUCUGAAUUAUGUAGUCAGUGGAUCUUCUGUCAUAAGGACAGUGGCAAUCCCUGCAUUAAGCUCUGGGAUUUUUGGCUUCCCUCUGGAUAUGUGUGUAAACAUCAUUGUGAAUACCAUUGUGACCUUUCCUUCUUUUCAAAGAAGCAACAUCUUAAAAGAAAUCCAUCUGGUGAGCAAUGAGGACCCCACUGUGGCUGCAUUUAAAAGAAGCUGUGAAAAUUUUCUGUGUGGAAACAUAGCAGCAGCCCCACCUUUAGCUUCCAUUACCCUCAACAACGUGAACCUCCAGCUUAUAGAGGGCUUCAUUGAGAAGCAGCAGGUUGAUGUGAUUGUGAAUUCUGUAUCAGCUCAAAAUUCUUUUGAAUCUGGAUGUAUAUCAAAAGCAAUCCUUAACCAAGCAGGCCCUGAAAUUGAGAAAGAAUUUUUUGAAAAAAUGGUGGAAACAUCUAAAAAUCAAGAGUUGGUCAUAAUCACAACAGGAUUCAAUUUAGCCUGUCAAUAUGUGUUCCACAUAGUGUGGCCUUCCUACAAUAAUACAAAGAAGACACUGAAAGCUGCAGUGAAGAAAUGCUUGGAAAAAUCCCAUCAGAAAAAUAUAAAUUCACUUUCUUUCCCUGCUCUUGGAACUGGGAGCAUUGGCAUACAAAAAGAAGCAGCAGUUCAUAUUAUGUUGGAAGAAGUUUUACAAUUUUCCAAGGACUACCCAAAAAAAAAACUCCUUGUGAAUUUUGUGAUCUUUCCAAAUGACAGCGAACUAUCCAAGGCUUUCAGAAGUGAGUUGGCCAAGAUGAAGACCAAGCAGAUAGGACACAUGGCACCAAAAAUGAAUAAAGAAAGUGAUAAAGAGCUCAAAGUUCCACCGUGGUUCAGAGAAGGGCAAGAAGAAGCUGAGCUCGAAGAAGCCCAACAACCUUUGAUCCACCUCAUAGGGAACAAUGAGGAACAACUGGUUGCUGCUAAAAAGUGGAUUGUCAAGUUGUUGCGGGCCCAGGAGUGCUGUUUUAUUGAAGACAAUCAUAUCUUCUACCUUGGUAAAGAGGAGCACGACCGUUUGUCUUACCUAAAGAACAAGUUUGAGGUUUCCAUCUCAGAGGAGAUCAGCUCUGGGAAGGCAACACUGGAGAUUAGAGGAAAACCGAACAGCAUCAUUCCUGUGAUGCUGCAUAUUGAAAAUCUGCUGUGGGUUGUACAGAGAGCCUAUACAGAGAAACACUAUUGUAGGCUAGCAGAAUGCCAGUUCGCUAUCCUGCCACAAGAUAGAAAUUUGUUUGAGCUGGACUUUUGGAAGGAAAAGAAACUCUGGGAAAAGAAGAUAGAGUUUGAAAAAGUGGGUUUGGAAGCACAGAAGGUUGAGAUGGUCCAUAAUGUCAUCCUUUCUGCUGCCUUUGAAAACAAGAAGAUGAUUCAGAGUAAAAAAGCACAUGGGAACACACGCCGUAUGCUAUACCAAGAGGUUCCACAGCACUUCUGUGACCUUGUAAGCAAAGUUGGCUUCCAAAGAAUAUACUCCAUGCCUCCGGACCACCAAUAUGGCGAUGGCAUCUACUUCAGGAAGAGCCUCAAAAACUUGGUAGACAACCUCAGAAGAACCUCUGACUCUGACCGUGUGAUCUGUGUGUUUGAGGCUGAAGUAGUCAUAGGUUCCUACUGUGAGGGCAAUCCAUCCUACAUUUCUCCUCCUCCCCUAGGUUCAAGAACCAUGGAUACCUAUGACAGUGUUGUUGACAAUGUCAAGAAUCCAGAGACCUUUGUUAUUUUUGAUAGCACACGGGCUCUGCCACAUUUCUUGUGGACCUGUGUGUUGAAAAAGAGUGGUUUCUCCCAAAUGGAGGCCAAGAAUAGGGGCUCAAAGGGCUCCUCCGUCUAACAGUCAUGUCAUGUUUCUCCAAGUAAUGGUUUAGUUACUUAAAAAAAAAAGUCUCCUAAGCACCUCACCUAAAAAAUAGAUAAGACAGUGCAUGAAAACAGACCAGCUAUGUACUUGUAUCCCAGUGCCUUCAACUAGGCUUCAGCCUCUUUAAAAAAAAUUAGAGGAGUAGUGUUAGGUAAUCAUCAUAAAACCUUCCUGGGAGAAAAGGAAAGGCUCUCUGAAAGAGAAACAAACUUUUGAGAGAAAAUGUCCACUUCUUCUACUUCCCUUUUCUGUAUGAAAACUAGCAUCUAUCUUGUGCUUUAAAGUUUGCAAAGCCCUUUACAAAUAUUAUCUCAUUUGAUCCUCACAACAGCCUUGGGAAGUAGGUGCUCUUCUUAUCAGUUUCCUGAUCUAUAAAAUGAGGAUAGCACUCAGUACCUCCUACUUCAUGGGCUGUUUUGAGGCUCAAAUGAGAUAAUAUUUGCAGAAAGUGCUUUGCAAACCUCUUAGUACUAUGUAAAUGCCAGCUCGUGUUAUUAUUGCUCAUUUUAAGCUGAUUUAUUCAUUUAAGAUAUAUUACAAUAUAUGGUGAGAUUUCUCUAAUUCCAUUUUCACUAUGCUUCUAUCAUUUGGACAAGUUUUUAAUCAAAUAGUGCCUUUCUUCUCCAAUAUUUUGAUAUCUCAUGUUUUUCAAACAUUAGUUUAUUAUUUACAUUUAUUCUUGUUCUGAAUUAUCUAACAUGUAAUUUCAGAAUUGGUAAUGCAAGUAUCACUUUGACUUUUUUCCUGUUUCACGAUUCCCCCAUAUUAUUCAUGUCUGGCCCUUCCAUGUGCAUUUUAUCAUUUUCUCUAAAUCUAUGAAGUAGCUCAUUGGCAUUUUAAUAUUGCUAUUAAAUAAAAUCUAAUAGAAAGUAA